ACCACGCAGCCCCAUAGACAUUCUCAAGAAGGCUUGUUUACAGUAUCAGCAAUCACGAAAAGUCUACUCGCCAGGCCCAGAUGAUUUUCCCCAGGAUUCCCCACGAUACCAUUCCCCAAAGGCAACAGGAAUGUACGGGGAAUAUUUUAUGGAUCCACAACUUUUGUCUUCCUCUGGCUUACCUCCCAUGUCCUCAUUCCGUGGUGGUCAGCCUGUAGGGGGAGUCAGUGUGCCUUCGUCCACUUCUGGUUACACCCGUGCUCCCUCUCCGGCAAUCAACGGCUCAGAUCUGAUGCCCUCCCGGCCGCCGGUGUCUUCGUCUUCAGGAAUGGCUGUGGGCAAAGCUCUAGCCUCUAUAUAUUCUACUGAACAGACUAGUAGCAGUUAUGGUGGUUCAAAUCCAUCGACUCCUGUCUCUUCACCGCCACCAAUAACAGGUGGUGUCCCCAGUCAUCAGUGGAACAGAUCGUCCAGCCAGACUGGGACAUCAGCACAUUAUGACCCGGUUGCUCACAGUCACCUCCACUCUUUGAGUCGUAUGGAGGAGAGGUUAGACCUAGAUGAUGCUAUCCACGUUUUGAGGACCCAUGCCGAAGGCCAGCCUCUCUUAUCUGCUCACCCUGGGCUGCCUCCUCCGAUGAUGGCUGUCGGAGGCCAGCCCACAGGGGUCAUGGGUGGCUUGCCAUAUCCUGCAGCCAUGAUGGUGGGACAUCUCGAUGCAUCUCAUAUG